AAAAAAAAAAUCCGGACCGUUGCAGAUCCUGUCAUAGCAAUAUCAUGUCAAAAUAUAAACACAACAAACAAAACAAGACACAUCAAAAAUCAUUAGAAGAAAAAUAAAAUUAAAAAAAAAAUAAUUUAAAAACAAAAUAUCAAGAAAUUAAAACCUAACCUCUGUUUUUCCUCAAUCAUCGAGGUAUUUGCCGACAUACUUGACAUUUUUUCAACAUUCUUUAGUAAAUUUUCUUUUUGAAUUAUAAAAAUAACAAUAUACGGUGUGUUUUUUCAACAAGUGUAAACAAGAAAAUCCUUGUUUAAUUAAUGUGAAGAUUUGAAUCAAUGAGACAUCGACAUUGUUAAGGAAUUCGACUUAGAAGUAUACACUUGUUUGAUCUAUCAAUUGAAUGUCGAUUAUUUAAAAUUUAUUUCAUAUUUAUCGAACAGUAUAGCAAUGUGUACAUAACACAUAUGUAUAUAUAUGCAGAUUAGCUGGAAGAAGAAAAAGGUUGAGCUGCUCGUCGCAGCGGGUGAAACUGUGAGGAGGACAUAUUACACCAGUUGUGUCGGAACCACUGCACGGUCUAGCACAUACGGCCUCAUUCGAAUCCAUUACAUAUUAUACAAAAAAGAGAGAGAAAAAAAUUUAUAUGAGAAAGAGUGGGAGGACAUCACACUGGUCUUGUCCGUCGAUUUCUAACCGAUUGUCGUGUAUGAGAGCUCGUCGAGAAAACGGAGACGUCUUUGUGCAUGCUGACACACCGGCUUACUGUGUCCAGUGACAGUGAAAUAAAACAUAAAAAAUAUCUAUAUUAUUAAAAGAAAUAAUAACAUUCAUUAUAAAAAUAACAGAAAAGUAAAAAGAAAAAAAAAUUAAUAAGUUUAAAAGUGAAGAAAGAAAAAUAGUGUAUUUUGGUGUUGAAAUAACUUGAAAAAAUUAAUAUGAAAAUUUUGAAAUUGAUGCCAUGAUUGAUUAAUGCUGUUAUCAGGGACCAACACGGUCCAAAACAAAAGGAAGUGUGGCGACCGGCAUCGAAAUGGGUGAAAUACUCGGUUCAGCGAGUUUCCUGCACCUUGGCGAUAUCGUUAGUCUUUAUGCCGAGGGCAGUGUUUCGGGUUUUUUAUCAACUUUGGGCUUAGUCGAUGACAGAUGUGUCGUCUGUCCAGAAGCUGGAGACUUGUCAAAUCCACCAAAAAAAUUCAGGGACUGUCUCUUUAAAAUAUGUCCUAUGAAUCGUUAUUCCGCUCAGAAGCAAUUCUGGAAAGCGGCUAAACAGACUGGAAGUUCAGCGACUGAUCAGGUCUUGCUCAAACGUCUUCAUCAUGCAGCUGAGAUUGAGAAGAAACAAAAUGAUACGGAAAAUAAAAAAUUACUUGGAAGUGUUGUAUCAUAUGGAAAUGUGGUCCAGCUUCUUCAUCUCAAGUCAAAUAAAUUUUUGACAGUUAACAAAAGAUUGCCAGCAUUACUUGAAAAAAAUGCAAUGCGUGUAUAUUUGGAUGCAAAUGGUAAUGAAGGAUCUUGGCUAUAUAUAAUGCCAUUUUAUAAAUUACGAAGUGAUGGAGAUAGUGUUGUUGUUGGUGAUAAAGUUAUUAUGGAACCAGUUAAUGCUGGACGACAAGGUCUUCAUGUUGCUGCAAAUUAUGAUUUACAUGAUAAUCCUGGUUGUAAAGAAGUUAAUGUUGUUAAUGCAUCAACAUCAUGGAAAGUAACAUUAUUCAUGGAACAUCGGGAAAAUCAAGAAGAAAUAUUAAAAGGUGGUGAUGUUGUUAGAUUAUUUCAUGCUGAACAAGAAAAAUUUUUAACAAUGGAUGAAUAUAAAAAAAAACAACAUGUUUUUUUACGUACAACUGGACGUACAAGUGCAACAGCAGCAACAAGUAGUAAAGCAUUAUGGGAAGUUGAAGUUGUACAACAUGAUCCAUGUAGAGGUGGUGCUGGUCAUUGGAAUUCAUUAUUUAGAUUUAAACAUUUAGCAACUGGACAAUAUUUAGCAGCUGAAGUUGAUACUGAUGAACCACGUGAAACAUUAAAAAAUAAAAAAGAAUUAAGUGGUCCAGUUUAUAGACUUGUAUCAGUACCACAUUGUAAUGAAAUAAGUUCAUUAUUUGAACUUGAUCCAACAACAUUAACACGUGGUGAUUCAUUAGUACCACAAUCAUCAUUUGUAAGACUUCAUCAUUUAUGUACAAACACAUGGGUACAUUCGACAAAUGUACCAAUUGAUAAAGAUGAUGAAAAACCAGUUAUGUCAAAAGUUGGUUGUGCAAUAUAUAAAGAAGAUAAAGAAGCAUUUGCACUUAGAUCAGUACCACCAGUUGAAGUACGUGAUCUUGAUUUUGCAAAUGAUGCAUGUAAAGUACUUGCUGGAAUAAGUCAAAAAUUAGAACGUGGUACAAUAUCACAUAAUGAAAGACGUGCUGUAACAUCAUUAUUACAAGAUAUUGUUUAUUUUAUUGCUGGUCUUGAAAAUGAACAAAAUAAAUCAGAAGCAUUAGAUUUACCAGUUACAAAUACUGUUAGAGAUAGACAAAAAUUAUUACGUGAACAAUAUAUACUUGGACAAUUAUUUAAAAUAUUACAAGCUCCAUUUCUUGAAACAGUUGUUGGUGAAGGACCAUUUUUACGUAUUGAAGAAUUAAAUGAUCCACGACAUGCACCAUAUAAAUAUAUGUUUAGAUUAUGCUACAGAAUACUUAGAUUAUCACAACAAGAUUAUAGAAAAAAUCAAGAAUACAUUGCUAAGCAUUUUGCAUUUAUGCAAAAACAAAUUGGUUAUGAUAUACUUGCUGAAGAUACAAUAACAGCAUUAUUACAUAAUAAUCGUAAACUAUUAGAAAAACAUAUAACAGCAGCUGAAAUUGAAACAUUUGUUGGUUUAGUUAGAAAAAAUAUGUAUAAUUGGGAAUCAAGAUUUUUAGAUUAUUUAUCAGAUUUAUGUAUAUCAAAUAAAAAAGCAAUUGCUGUUACACAAGAAUUAAUAUGUAAAAGUGUAUUAAGUGAUAAAAAUAGAGAUAUAUUACUUGAUACAACAAUCAUUCAAACACAAAUGGAAGUUGAAGAAGAAAUUGAUAAUAAUUUCAAUAAUAAUAAUACAACUAUUAUGAAUAAUAAUGAUAAUAAUGAAAAUGAUGUUAAUGAUGAUGAAGAUGAUGAUGAUAUGGUAACUGGAGAAUCAACAAUAACAAUUAUUGAAGAAUUAGAGGUAUUACUUGUUUGGAAUGAUGGUAAAGGAUCAAUGACACUUAGUGAAUUAUCAAGAGGUGCUAAAUCAGGAAAUACUGAGGAUGCAGCAAUACUUGAUUAUUAUAGACAUCAAUUAAAUUUAUUUAGUAAUAUGUGUUUAAAUCGUCAAUAUUUAGCACUUAAUAAUCUUUCACCACAUCUUGAUAUUGAUUUAAUAUUGAAAUGUAUGGAAGAUGAGUCAGUACCUUAUGAACUUCGUGCAUCAUUUUGUCGUUUAAUGCUACAUUUACAUGUUGAUAGAGAUCCACAAGAACCAGUUACUCCAGUUAAAUAUGCUAGAUUAUGGUCUGAGAUACCAUCACAAAUGAGUAUCAAUGAUUAUGAUACAAAUAAAAUGCCUGAUGAAAAUAAAGAAGCUGUUAGAGCUAAAUUUAGUUCGACAAUACGAUUUGUCGAAGAUUAUCUAUGCAAUGUUGUUGCUAAAAUGUGGUCAUUUUCUGAUCAAGAACAAAAUAAAUUAACAUUUGAGGUUGUCAAACUUGCACGAGAUCUUAUUUACUUUGGAUUUUAUAGCUUUAGUGAUCUACUUAGAUUAACAAAAACACUACUGAGUAUAUUAGACUGCGUUUCGGAGAACGAUUACAUCAAUGGAAAAAUACCAACAGGUGAAAUUGAUUCUGAAGGAGGAGUGCUGAGAUGCAUCGGUGAUAUGGGUGCAGUUAUGACGAGUCUAACUCUCGGUCCAGCAGGUCAAGUUAUUUCUGGAAGCUCAUCACCACGUCCAAAGCCAUCAACAAAGAAAGAAUAUCCUUUGGUCAUGGAUACAAAAUUGAAAAUCAUUGAAAUUCUUCAAUUCAUUUUAGACGUACGAUUGGACUAUCGUAUAUCUUGUCUUUUGAGUAUAUUCAAGCAGGAAUUUGAUGAGACUGAAAAAUCCUCAAGAGAUGUUAAUUUAAAACAAAAAGGAAUUGAUCUUGAAUCAAUUGGCACACAAGCUGAGGGUAUUUUUGGCAGUAGCGAUGAAUGCGUUGCGUUAGAUCUGGAUGGACAAGGUGGCAAAACUUUCCUGCGAGUACUCUUGCAUCUGGCAAUGCAUGAUUACCCACCACUUGUAUCUGGAGCUCUUCAUUUAUUAUUUAGACAUUUCAGCCAAAGACAGGAAGUACUUCAAGCAUUCAAACAAGUACAAUUAUUGGUGUCUGACAGUGAUGUCGAGUCAUAUAAACAAAUCAAAUCCGACUUGGAUGUGUUACGUCAAUCAGUUGAAAAAUCUGAAUUAUGGGUUUACAAAUCAAAAUCGAUUGAUGAGCACGGUGCAAAAAAAUCAUUGAGCAAUAAAGAUGAAGAAGAUGAAGGUGGUACAACACCACGUAAACCAGCACCACAAUUAGCUCCAACUGAUAAAAAAAGUUCAGCAAUUGAUUUAGAUGUUGGGCCACCUCUUCAUUCUGAUCAAGCUGAAGAAUAUCGUAAAAUACAACAAAUACUAAUACGUAUGAAUAAACUUUGUAUACAAGUAUUACCAGGUGGUAUUAUAAAACCACGUAAACAUGAACAAAGAUUAUUAAGAAAUGUUGGAGUUCAUACAAUUGUAUUGGAUUUACUUCAAGUACCAUUUGAUUCGAAAGAAGAUACAAGAAUGAAUGAAUUAAUGCGUCUUGCUCAUGAUUUUUUACAAAAUUUUUGUCUUGGUAAUCAGCAAAAUCAAGUUUUACUACAUAAACAAUUGGAUUUAUUUUUAAAUCCAGGUAUACGUGAAGCUCAAACAGUAUGUAGUAUUUUUCAAGAUAAUUCAACACUGUGUAAUGAAGUUAAUGUCAAAGUAAUACAACAUUUUGUUCAUUGUAUUGAAACACAUGGAAGACAUGUACAAUAUCUUAAAUUUUUACAAACAAUUGUUAAAGCUGAAAAUCAAUUUAUUCGUAAAUGUCAAGAAAUGGUUAUGCAAGAACUUGUACAAGCUGGUGAAGAUGUACUUAUAUUUUACAAUGAUCGUGGUUCAUUUAAUCAAUUUAUUGAAAUGAUGAGAUCAGAAAGACACAGAUAUGAUGAGAGUAGUCCUCUAAAAUAUCAUGUUGAACUUGUUAAAUUAUUAGCUUGUUGUACAAUGGGAAAAAAUGUUAAUACUGAAAUUAAAUGUCACAGUUUAUUGCCACUUGAUGAUAUUGUUGCAAUGGUAUCACAUAUUGAUUGUCUACCUGAAGUCAAAGAAGCUUAUAUUAAUUUUUUAAAUCAUUGCUACAUUGAUACUGAGGUUGAAAUGAAAGAAAUUUAUACAUCAAAUCACAUGUGGUCAUUAUUUGAAAAAUCAUUUAUUGUUGAUAUGGCCAUUAUUUCAAAUGCAACACAUGAUCGUAAACAUGCAAAUACUAGUCUUGAAAAUUAUGUUACUAAUUGUCUGAUGAACAUCAUUACAACAUUCUUCAGCAGUCCAUUCUCCGAUCAAAGCACCACUGUUCAGAAACAUCUGCACGAGGCUUGGCUUUUUUGGAACAUGAAGGAGUUGAACGGGAACAACAAAACAAACUCUCAUCCUACGAGACAGCCGAUAUUUGUCAAAUUGCUCCAUGCAGCAUUCAAGGUGUCUGAGUGUGAAUGGCUGAAUGCUGGUCAAAGAUUCAACGCUGAAAAUUGUAUUAGAACUCUUGCAGAAGUUGCCAAAGGAAGAGGAAUUGCAAUUCCAACAGAUCUAGAAAGUCUCGUUGCUUCAAUGUUCAACAAAGCUGCUAUGCUGAGUAGACAAACAAAUAAAUGGCGAGAAGCAUCUAAACAACCAAAAAUUGAACGCAGUCAAAGUCAGCAAUUGAUGCGACUUGAUCGGAGUAUUAUCGAGGGGUUGCAAGAUAUAGUGCUACUACUUGAAGAACAAUUGAAGCCCCUAGUUCAGUCGGAGUUGUCACUUCUCGUAGAUAUUUUAUAUCGACCUGAGUUAUUAUUUCCUCUUGGCACAGAAGCACGUAAACGCUGUGAAAAUGGUGGAUUUAUAAGAAGAUUGAUAAAACACACGGAAAAAUUGCUUGAAGAAAAAGAAGAAAAAUUAUGUGUUAAAGUAUUGAGAACACUCAGAGAAAUGAUGGCAAUUGAUCCAGAGUACGGUGAAAAGGAAUUUCAAGAAAUCUUGGAUGUGGGAUUGGAUGGCGAGAAGGGCAAAGAUAUGUCACUUUCAUCUGAUACCAAUGAUCAAUUACAAGCUCAUCAAAUGACUCAACAACAGCGGGGUGAUGCUUUGCGCAAUAAUCUGUUGAUUCGUUAUUUUGGCAAAGAAUUUUUACUUAAAUCAGAAAAUGUUGAUAUUGGAACAAAAAAAACAAUAGCAGUAAGUCAUGGUCCGGGUGCAAAAUUAUUGAGUCGUGCUGGUCGUACAUUACACGAAGUACAAAGUCAUUUAGAUCGUGAAGGAGCAUCAGAUCUUGUUGUUGAACUUGUUAUUAAAAGUGUACAUUCACCAAGUAUAUUUGUUGAAGCAAUUGAACUUGGUAUUGCAUUACUUGAAGGUGGUAAUCCAAUAAUACAAAAAUCAGUUUUUACAAAACUCUGGGGUGGUGAUUUGAGUCAAUCAUUUUUUAAAGUAUUUAAUGAUAAAAUGAAAGAUUCACAGCAAGAAAUAAAAUCAACAGUAACUGUUAAUACAUCAGAUAUUGCAGCAAAAGCACAUGAAAAUAAAGAUUUAGAUAAAACUCUAAAAAGACAAAUUCCAAUAAAAUCAAAUGGCAUAUUGAUAACAGAAGAAUUAGUUCAAGAAGAAUUAAAUCAAGUAGAUGAUAUUACUGGACAAAAUAUUCCUAUUGAAGAUGAUAUAUCAAAUAUUACAGUACUUCCGUAUCCUCUUGAUGAUGUACUUGGUGAUAAAUUAGAAAGACAACGUGCUGAAAAUACAAAAAAUGAACGUGAUGAAAGUUCACUAAGUACCAAAGUACUUGUAAUGCAACCAAUACUUCGUUUCCUUCAAUUAUUAUGUGAAAAUCAUAAUAGAGAUUUACAAAAUUUUUUAAGAAAUCAAAAUAAUAAAACAAAUUUUAAUCUUGUUUCUGAAACAUUAAUGUUUUUAGAUUGUAUUUGUGGCUCAACAACUGGUGGUCUUGGUUUACUUGGUUUAUAUAUUAAUGAAUAUAAUGUUGCACUUAUUAAUCAAACAUUAGAAACAUUAACAGAAUAUUGUCAAGGACCAUGUCAUGAUAAUCAAAAUUGUAUUGCAACACAUGAAUCAAAUGGUCUUGAUAUUAUAACAGCAUUAAUAUUAAAUGAUAUUAAUCCACUUGGUAAAACACGUAUGGAUUUAGUACUUGAAUUAAAAAAUAAUGCAAGUAAAUUAUUAUUAGCAAUAAUGGAAAGUCGUGGUGAUUCAGAAAAUGCUGAAAGAAUACUUUAUAAUAUGAAUCCAAAACAAUUAAUUGAUGUUGCUUGUCGUGCAUAUCAUCAAGAAUCAUUAGAUGAAAAAAUUGAUAAUGAUGAUGAUUCAACAAUUUUUGAUGAUGGUGUUGCACCAAAAGAAGUUGGUCAUAAUAUUUAUAUAUUAUGUCAUCAACUUGCACAACAUAAUAGAGAACUUGCAACAAUGUUAAAACCAUCAGAAUUAAAUAAUUCAGAACCAAAAAUAAAUAAAGCACUUAAAUAUUAUGCAACACAUACAGCACAAAUUGAAAUUGUACGUCAUGAUAGAACAUUAGAACAAAUUGUAUUUCCAAUACCAGAAAUAUGUGAAUUAAUAACAAUUGAUACUAAAAUGAAAGUAUUUAAUACUGCUGAACUUGAUGAUCAAGGCUCAAAAGUAUCAGAUUUUUUUGAACGUACUGAAGAUAUGUUUAAUGAAAUGAAAUGGCAAAAAAAAUUACGUGGUCAAUCAAUGUUAUUUUGGAUGAGUAGUUAUAUGUCAUUAUGGAGUAAUUUAUUAUUUAAUUGUGCUGUAUUAAUAAAUUUAAUUGUUGCAUUUUUUUAUCCAUUUGUUGAUACAGUACCAAAAUUUGUAAUACCACAUUUAUCUGGUUUAACAUGGACUGUUAUGUUAUCAUCUGGUGCAAUUGUUAUGACAUUACCAACAAUAACUGGUGUUAGAACACUUGCUGCAUCAACAAUUGUUAGAUUAAUAUUUUCAAUUGGUCCAGAGCCAACAUUAUAUUUACUUGGUUUUUCAACAAUUGCAUUUAAAAUUGUACAUAUGAUUAGUAUUAUUGGUAAUCAAGGUACAUUAACUAAAAGUUUUAAACAAAUUAUAACAAAUGUUGAAUUAUGGUAUCAUGCUGUUUAUCUUAUAUUUUGUAUACUUGGUAUAUUUAUGCAUCCAUUUUUUUAUUCAGUAUUGUUAUUUGAUGUUGUUUAUAGAGAAGAAACAUUGCUAAAUGUUAUUAGAUCAGUUACAAGAAAUGGAAGAUCAAUAAUAUUAACAGCAGUACUUGCAUUAAUUUUAGUAUAUAUGUUUUCAAUUAUUGGAUAUAUGUUUUUUAAAGAUGAUUUUCUAGUCAGUGUUGAUGAUGAAUAUAUUCCAAAUUUAUCAACAAGUGAAACAAUAAAUACAUGUGAUAAAGAUGGUUUAAAUUGUCAAUCAACUGAUACACUGUCAAAAUACGCACAAGAUAUUAAUAAUAAAAAUCAUAAUCACAAUGAUAAUAAAAAUAAUAAUAACAAUGAUAAUAAUAAUGAAAAUGAAAUGAUUAAUGUUGGUGGUGAAAUGAAAGAAAGAGCUUGUGAUUCAUUGGUAAUGUGUAUAUUAACAACAUUAAAUCAAGGUUUAAGAAAUGGUGGUGGUAUUGGUGAUGUUUUAAGAGCACCAUCAAGUGCUGAGCCAUUAUUUGUUGCUCGUGUUGUUUAUGAUCUUCUAUUCUUCUUUGUUGUUAUAAUUAUUGUUCUAAAUUUAAUAUUUGGUGUUAUUAUUGAUACAUUUGCUGAUUUAAGAUCUGAAAAACAACAAAAAGAAUUAAUAUUAAAAAAUACAUGUUUUAUUUGUGGAUUAAAUCGUUCUGCAUUUGAUAAUAAAGUUGUUUCAUUUGAGGAACAUAUCAAGCAUGAACAUAACAUGUGGCAUUAUUUGUACUUUAUUGUACUUGUCAAAGUUAAAGAUCCAACUGAAUUUACUGGUCCAGAAUCAUAUGUAUAUGCAAUGGUUAAAGAUCGUAAUCUUGAUUGGUUUCCACGGCUGAGAGCAAAAUCAUUAGCUGCUGAUGAGGGUGAGGGUGAACAAGUCGAGUUGAGAAGUUUACAAUCACAAUUGGAAUCAACUCAACUUCUUGUCAAAUGUUUAUCUCAACAGUUGACUGAACUUCGUGAUCAGAUGACUGAACAGCGGAAACAGAAGCAACGACUGGGACUUUUAAAUUCAGCUUCAGCAUUUCUUCACAAUGCCACAGCAUAAUAAAAUAAAUAAAGAAGAAGGUGACUCAAUUUCAGUCUGAUAUUACGAGGGCAUUAUAAAUAUUUAAAAAAAAAAUUCGUAUUAUUUCAACAACACAAAUUUAUAUUUAAUGUGUCUCGAAAGUUUAAGAUACGUUCCAUAUCAAUAAUUUUUUUUUCGCUUGAUAUUAGAACUGAUCAAUAAUUUAUAGAAAUUUUUUUAUUACCUUUUUUUUUUUAUGUUCGAAUCAAUAUUUUUUCAUAUAAGUUUUUUAGUAAAAAAAAGAAUAAUUUAAGUAUAGUAGAUUUUGUUAAUUUUUUAAAAGUCUGGGAUAUUAUUAUUUUUGUUUUUUUGUUAUAAAAAUUUACGUAACAAUGCUCAUUAAUUAAAAAACUACGAAAUAUAUACAUAAUUCGACGUGUUUUAUAUAAAAUAAAAAAAAAUCUAUUAAAAAAAAAAAUAAGUAGUAAAAAUUUAGACAAUCAUUGAAAUCAUAUCACGUAUUUCGUGUUUAGCAUGAUCAACAUUUAUUUGAACUUAUACACUCGUGUUUAGUUAACGAGUUAGUUGUAAAUUAAUUUUGUUGUACCAAGUUUGAUAAAAUUUCAAGAACAAUUUAUAUGGCAAGACAAAAAAACGUAAAUAUAAAAAAUAAAUAAACGAAAAAAUGUUUAAUAAUAUUGUAUAGAGUAAUUUAAAAAAAAAAAGGAGAUGAUUGAUGUCAAGUGAUCACUCGAAAAGUUUUACCCUAUUUAUUCGAAAAAACCGUGGUUUGAAUAAAUUAAAAAAUUUUCCCACCUAGUGUUCAUAUUUGUCUUGUCGUAUCUUAUCAUUAAUAAUAGAUGUUGACAUAGUUACACUCUUGAAAUCAAUAAAAUUGUCACUAGUUGUUUUUUCUUUUGAAAAUUAAUUUUAUUACUUAAUUUUUGAAUAAUUUAUUUAUUUAAUUCUAAAAAAAAAUAUCAGUUAAAUAAUAAUAAGAAAAUUGAUAUCUUUGAAAACGCGCAAUUAAUAGUUACAAAAAUUCAUAAAUAUAUAGUCAUUUAUUUUAUUGACGUUUAAAUAAAUCCAAGAUUGUAAAUAUAAUGUUAGAUUUUGUUGUUAAAAAAAAAAAACUACUUGUUGAAUGCUUAUAAACGGUCAAAGUUAUUAUAAUUAUUAUAUUUUUUAUUCAUAAAAAAAAAAAAAAAGUCUUGUUGUGCCAAUUAUUUAAAUUAUGAAAAAUUAAUUUAUCUCUUUAAUUGUAAACAAUGUUAAUAAAUAAUUAUUUUUUCUGCCAUUGUUAUAUUUAAUUGAAUCUCAGGAUUGUUUGAAAAUAAUAAAAAAAAAAAUUAAAAUAAUAAUUUUGUUUCGAUGUUUUGUUUUUACUGUAAAGAGUGUUAUUUUUAUUCUAAAAAAAAAAAAAAAAGGUAUUGACUGAGAUCGGCGCUAGUAAAUGGACAUAACAAAUAAAAAAUUAAUAAAUUUCGAUAUUAAUUAUCUCAUAAUAUUAUGAACUCAGUACUUUAAUUUCGUCAACAAAAUUGUUCACAGUAUUUUUUUUUUUUUUUCCUUAUUUAAAUCACUUUUUUAAAUUCUUUUUUUUAUGAUUAAUUUAUGCAAAACAAUUGACUAUUUAUUAUACUUAAAUAUAGACUAGUACAUAUAACAAGUAUACCCUCUGUUUAUUUAGACAUAUUUUAUCUCAAUUAAAAGUCUGAUUACUUUUAUGUCUGCAGAUGUUUUAAUUAUUAUUUUUCUUUUCUUCAAGUUAUUCAAACGAAAAAUACAUUUUUAUGAUUUUAAAAUCAUUUUUUUUUUUGCAUGCUGGCUAUGCUCAGCGUUAAUAAAAUUACCUGUAGACUUUCAUCAUUGUUGAAACGAGGUCAAAUUACACAAAAUAUUGUGUAUUAACUAUAUAUUAUAAUAAUAAUAGUUUAUUUAUUUAUUUAGUUUUUUUUUUGUUAAUUAAAUUGAAUCCAGUUCUCCAUCUUGGACGGUUUGGGAACGAGACAUUAUUUUUACAUAUAAAAUUUUAUGUUAUAUAUUUCGUUAAGCAUGUAUUCUUUUAUUAUUUAUUUUCUUUUGUUGAAUCACGAUAUUAUAAUCGGAUUAUGAGCACCUUUUUCAAAAAUCAAUUUUACUUAAUAAAAAUUUAUUAAUUUCUAUCGAGCUGAUAUGUCUAUGAAAUCGUCUCUGUAGAAAAUAUUGAUUGAUAAAAAAUUUAUGCACGAUUUUAAUCGAGUACUUAAAAAAAAUUAUUAUU